GUGGUGAUCAAACAGCUCGGCGGCGGCGAGCGGAGGAGGAGGCCAAUGAAAAGUGAAAGGGAGGCGGAAACCUGAGAGCGCGGGGGGAGGGGCGGAGAGAAGCCCGGCCUGACGCCGUGGAGAUCUCGGUAAAAGAGCGGUGGACCGAAGGGCAUCGGAAAGUGAGGGCCUUUCCCCCCUCCCCUACCCUACCCCUCAGCGUGCCUGCUGCGGUGUUAAUUCGCCACCCUGAAGCCUAUGACCGCCUCUGUUUACGCUGAUCUCGAUUCGCUGGAGUCGCUCCUUGAUGAGUUGCCCUGUAUGUUUUACGUGGGGUUGUUUUUUGUGAAUGUGCUCAUCCUCUACUAUGCCUUCCUGAUGGAGUACGUCCUCUUCAAUGUGGGAAUUGUCUUCCUUCCCGACGACUUCGACCAGGCUCUAGUUGACCUCGGAGUCUUGUCGGAUCCGGCAUCGGUUGUCUAUGACACAGACGGCGAAGUGGAUGUCUUCGAUGGCUACUUCGACUAAAAGCAAUAAUAAACUCCUCCUCACAUACUCAGUUAAUGAUACCAGUAUUUUUUGCUUAGCACAGAAGUGGGCAGCUACUGUGUAUCAGAUGCGAAUGACAAACCUCGGUUUGUCAACAAGGCACUUGGUCGCUGAAGUACAGGAUAAUUAUCUGCCAGCCGUUUCUGUGGCUGUUGUGGGCCGGUUGCUCUUUCAUAAUUGUGCAAAGAUUGCAAAUAAUGAUAUGGAUUGCGAUAUAUUUCAGAGCAUUUAUCUGUUUGUAAUAAUGGUCUUCAUUGCAAAGCAGAACUGCGGCUCCAGGAUUUAUUAAACAAUGCAGCCUGACUUGAGUAUUCACAGCUAUUUUGCUUAUUUUUUUCACUUUAUCAAAUGUAUUAUUCAUCUGUACAAUUGAGCUGUUUUCUAUAGAGAGAAACAUUCUAUUAACUUACCACACACAACAGAUGGGGAAUGAUAAUUGGAGACGUUCAGCCUCAGGAGAGUCACUUUGAAUCGCACAUGGAGAAAAAAAGGCUUUAAACGCCAUAUGGAUUAGUUAACCAUCAGCAAUACAAUGCAAGAAUUCUGCGCUGGAUACCCAACUCCCGUGCAAGGAACCAUAACAUUUCAACAUUUUGCACCGCUGCAUCUCAACACUGAACUAAGUUAUCAUGUGUACAGUCCUUGCAGCUUUUAGCAAGCUAUUAUAUGGGUUGAAUAUUACUAAGCUUAUUGUAACACAAGGAUUUACUUUAUUCACGUUUCAGUAUAUACUAAGGCUGGAAUGUAAGUGGGUUAUCAAUAACUUAAUAUAAUUUACUGAAUUAAGUCAUAUUUUUGUUACUGCCACUCCUGUAAAUGAUGUAUGGUUUAUCAUGAAUCUGUUAUAUUAAAUAUAAGACAUUCAUUUAAUAACUGAUUUAAUAAUUUGCAGUGCCUGUUACACUUGUAGCUGGUGCAGUAAAUUUGUAUUUUCAGUGUUAUAACUGUUAUACUUACUUUCAUAGCCCAUGUAACAUCAUGUUAUUUUAUUUUGAAAGUAUUGCAUAAUCUGGCCAAUGGAUUUAAAUACGUCCCUUGCAUUUUUUUCCUGAACUUUUAUUCCCACAGCAGCUGAAAUUUCUAUUGUCCUGUUAAGGAUUUAAGCAAAAUAAAAACAAAUUUCAUAAUGUUACAGAA